AUGUCUAAUGAUAAGCGGCGUGGGCGAAAAGCCCAAAACCCCGAUGAGCUUGUGGAGAGGGCAAUACUGAAUGGCCUUUCCCACGACCGUUCCCAACUUGAUCCGCACCCAGUGAGAAGAAACCUCGCGGAACGAAGCAAAGAAAGAUAUGACCGCGAGCUUAGAUUGUGGGAAGCGUAUGAGAGAAAGUUCCCAGGGUCGACACCACAGGACAUGCAGACCUUGAAACAUUUUGCAGAGUUCCUUGGGAGAUCUAAAAGAGGACGGCUUCCCCAAGAAAAUGGUAAACAGAUGCCCACAGCCGGUAGUAUUCGCAGUGCAAUGCGAAGAUUUUGCAAUGCGUGGGAACGUGCAAACCAUACGUAUAUAACUUUCGACGUUGAGAGGUCCAUGGCUCCGUACAUCGAAGGCGAGCUCGCGAAUAAGAUCGGCCUCCUUACCGGGAAGAGAGGUCAGAGAAAAAAAGCUUUCAUCACCAUCGAGAACUAUGUCCACAUGCAAAAUCGACUCUGGACCAAUGACUUUCACGACUAUGUGCAUGAAGGAAGCCGAGUCGACAACGCAAACUUACUGAAUACACACUGCUUUACCUCCGCGCGAUGUCAGGAGAUAUGUCAGGCAACAUACCAAGAUAUGCAAUGCAUCUUGUCAUGGAAAGAUGGAUGUCCAGAGUUUCGUCUAAAAUUUACCAGGGAGAUCUGCAAAGCGAUAAAUGUCAACCAGUGA